CCUUAAACCCUAAAAAUUUUGCAUUAUAAAGACACACGCAAACACUUGCAGUCCUCUCACAACUGCGCCUCUUUCUCAUAAACCCUAAAACCCAGCCGUUCCCUCUCUCUAAGCUCGCAGACAUGGCACCUCCUCGAGGCCGUGGUGGUUCUGGUGGGUUCAGGGGUGGAAGGAGUGAUGGAGGGAGAGGCCGAGGUGGAGGCCGUGGAUUCGGUGACAGAAGUAACAGUGGUUUUAAGCCCAGUGGAGGCCGAGGUGACCGUGGUGGUCGGGGCCGUGGUGACCGCGGCCGUGGAAGAGGCCGUGGGGGCAGAGGAGGAAUGAAGGGUGGAACCAAGGUUGUGGUUGAGCCCCAUAGACAUGCUGGGGUUUUCCUUGCUAAGGGUAAAGAAGAUGCUCUUGUGACCAAGAACAUGGUCCCCGGAGAAGCUGUCUACAAUGAGAAGAGGAUUUCCGUUCAGCAAGAGGAUGGAACAAAAGUUGAGUAUAGGAUUUGGAACCCUUUCCGUUCCAAGUUGGCAGCUGCUAUUCUUGGUGGUGUUGAUGAGAUCUGGAUUAAACCUGGUGCCAAGGUUCUCUACCUGGGGGCUGCUUCUGGUACCACAGUCUCUCAUGUCUCCGACCUUGUUGGCCCUACUGGAUGUGUCUAUGCAGUGGAGUUUUCUCAUAGAAGUGGCAGAGACUUGGUAAACAUGGCUAAGAAGAGAACUAAUGUCAUACCAAUUAUUGAAGAUGCUAGGCAUCCAGCGAAAUACCGUAUGCUUGUUGGCAUGGUUGACGUGAUAUUUUCUGAUGUUGCACAACCCGAUCAGGCCAGGAUUCUAGCUUUGAAUGCAUCAUAUUUUCUUAAAGCAGGAGGGCACUUUGUCAUCUCUAUCAAGGCUAAUUGUAUCGACUGCACUGUUCCUGCUGAGGUGGUGUUCCAAUCUGAGGUGAAGAAGCUGCAGGCAGAACAGUUUAAGCCUUUUGAACAAGUGACUCUUGAACCUUUUGAGCGUGAUCACGCUUGUGUGAUUGGUGGUUACCGCAUGCCAAAGAAGUCAAAGGCUGCUGCCUAGAACGUCUGUAAUCCAUGAAUCAAUAGCUUAGUUUGCCUGUGAGAAAAGGAUAAAAUGUAAACCCGACAAUGUUUUUCCUUUUUAUUCUCAUUACCUUGUUGGUCUAUGUAGUUCUGAACAUCUUAGUGAUCUUUUUUGAUUGAUAUUUUAAGUUUUCAUCUUUAA